UUUCCUUUCUCUCUCUCUCUCUCUCCUCAAUCUAAACAUAAUGUUAGUAUCCAAUAACAAGGGAUACUCCUUCGAUACUCCAACCGUAGCCUUCCAAAAACCCGGUCGAGUCAAUUUGUCACUUCCAAGAAUUAGAAGAAACAAAAUAUUAGAUUAUUAUUGAAGUGAAAAGAAGAGUUGCAGAAGAGAUGAAGCUAACAUGGAACAGAAAAACGAACAACAAGAAGCGGUCCUUGGACGCUAUAGCAAACUACCCUAACCUUCCCUUUGAUCAACAUAAACCAUCUGCCGACGAUACUCAGCUGCAGAAUGGAGAACCCGCAGCUUCUCAAAAUCAAGAGAAACCCUCUGCUGAUGCUUUGGAUUCUGACUCUCAACAACUUGCCCAAUCUUUCCAAGCCCAAGGCAACAAGCUUGCUGAGGAUGGGAAAUACCGGGAAGCACUUGGGAAGUGGGAGGCAGCUCUUAAUUUGAUGCCUGAAAAUGCAGUUUUGCUUGAACAAAAGGCACAAGUUCUACUUGAAAUCGGGGAUGCAUGGAGUGCAUUGAAGGCAGCGACUCGUGCAACUGAAUUGGAACCAUCAUGGCCUGAGGCAUGGAUUACUCUUGGUAGAGCACAAUUAAACUUUGGAGAGCCUGAUAGUGCCAUUGAGAGUUUUGAUAGAGCAUUAGCUAUUAAGCAGCCUGAUUCUGUGGAGGCACAAGAUGACAGGAAAACUGCAUUGCAUCUAAUAAAGAGAAGAAAGCAGCUUCAUUCAUCAGGCUUGAGUACUGAUACAAACCGUUAUAUGGUAGGUGAUAGGACUGAGGCGUCCUGAUUCUAUACGAAGAGCAAUUGUUACUGAUAGAAGGAAUGAUAUUUGGAAUUGAUAAAUCAGUCGGUGGAUAAAGGAUAUAGCACAAUGGUGGAGUCCUCAAGUUAGCAUGGAACUUGGAUGCAACAGCUAUUUGACCGAAAUUUUUGGAUUUGCUUAGAAUUUGGCUGCAAGGAAGAAUUUUGUGGACAGAAUGUCGGACAUUUUGGCUUUGUGAAAAUUUGUGCGAAUGGGGGAUGUUUCUGGCUUCUAGUAAACCUUUAUUAAUUUAAACUAUGACACAAUGUACAGAUAAAUUCUCCAUAAUAUUGGGGCAUUGUCAGAACAUCCCUUUGUUUGUCAGCUUCAAAGUGUCUUUAAGAAAAAGAAAAGGAAAAAAAGAGAAGAGUUGUGCGUAUUUGAAGGCAAUCCUGACUCUUGCACGA